AUGUCUCCUGAAUCGUCUUCCUCGUCGUCGAAGAAGAAACGGAGGAAUCUGGAGAUGAGGGUUGUAGAGAAUGCUAAUCGAAGACGCGUCACCUUCGCCAAGAGGCGCCAAGGCCUCUUCUCCAAGGCGGAGGAGCUCGGCGCCGUCUGCAGUGCCGACGUCGCCGUCGUCGCCUUUACCUCCUGCGGUAAGGCCUUCUCCUUUGGCGAUGACGCCAUCCGCCGCUACCUCCGCCUGGCGCGAGAACACGAUGGCAAUCAAGAUGGCAGGGAGGAGUGUGGCUCGGUGAAGGCAACGGGGAUGGAAGAUCCCGUCCGAAGACUGAGAUUUCUUGAGGAGCUCCGGCGUAAAGCAAUUGCUCGUGCCGAGGACCUGGCGCAAGCGCGGGCUGAGGCUACCGCGGCCAGCAGCAGCAAUGGGAGCACCGAGGCGGGGGAACCUCCAUUCUCCUGA